UCUUGGACUGCGAUUUUGGAAAGCGUUUUGAAUUGAGAUUUAGCGACACUGAUUUAUUCAGAUAUGUAUCUUUUGAGACAUCUGUUUGACUGAAUGGUAGGUAACCUGUUACCUUUGUGGUGGUUGGUGACCGUGACCAAAACAGUUGCCUACUACCGCUUGAUUGGAAAGGGUUCGCUCUGCUGGGGCCCAGCCAAAACGGGUGAAAAACAUGAGGAAACGAACCAAAAGAUGGCGUAAAACGCCUUCAUCGGUAACUGUGCGCAUGAUCCCCUACACAGUACCCUCUCUUCAGGUGAUGGGAGGCCUUAGGAUGAAACGGACAAAUGCCCAAGAAGUACAGGGGCCACCAGAGGAGACCCACAACGGCCAGGGUCAAGGCGACGCCUCCCGCAGAUGUCCCAUGCUGUGUCCAACUCUGACCAUUCAACACCAGGAGAUGGCUGCCUUCUUCAGGCUAUUUGAUGAUUAUUUUAUUCUGGAUUUCCUGUGGAUGGAUUCUUGCUGUAAAAUCACAGACAAGUACUUGCUGGCAAUGACGUUUGUCUACUUCAGAAGGGCCUGUUUCAGCAUAGUUGAAUACAACAGGGAAAACUUUUUCAUAGCACUUUACCUGGCCAACAACAUGGAGGAAGAAGAGGAUAGCGAGUAUGAGAUCUUCCCCUGGGCCCUGGGCGAGAACUGGAGGGAGCAGUCCCCCGCUUUCCUGCAGCAGAGGGACAGGCUGUGGGCUCGCAUGGACUACAGGGCGGCCGUCAGUCGCCAGUGUUGUGAAGAGGUGAUGAGCAUCGUGCCGUCCCACUUCAUCUGGCAGCGUGUGCGUGCGGAGCACCACAGCGGGGCCCAGCGUGUCUACCCUGACCAAGACGAGGUACAGCCCCGCGGACCCACGGCCAGUCUCCCCCAACCCUGCUCCCUCUGCGCUAACUAUGCCGUCCGCAACGCCUCCUCAACGUCCCCUGCAGCCGCAGGGGGAGCCAUGGCACGUGAGGAAGAGCAUGAUCACACCAUGGACACACAUGACGUUGUUACUGGAUGCCCGAGUGGCGAUCUGGAUGCGGUGCUGGAGAUAAAGGCUCAUUUGAGACAGCUGGAGCAGGAGUGGGAGAAGGUGGAGAAGGAGAAGGAGAAGGAGAAGACCAUGGCCAACCACGAGAAGGAUGAGCAGGAGCUGGAGAUGAAGGCUCAUUUGAGACAACUGGAGCACGAGUGGGAGGAGGUGGAGAAGGAGAGGGAGAGGGAGAAGGAGCAGGAGGAGGUGGAGAAGGAGAGGGAGAGGGAGGAUGAGCAGGAGCUGGAGAUAAAGGCUCAUUUGAGACAACUGGAGCACGAGUGGGAGAAGGUGGAGAAGGAGAGGGAGAAGGAGCAGGAGUGGGAGGAGGUGGAGAAGAAGAGGGAGAGGGAGAAGGAGCAGGAGCUGGAGGAGACGAAGGCUCUGUUAAGACAGCUGGAGCAGGAGUGGGAAGAGGUGGAGAAGGAGAAGGAGAGGGAGAAGGAGCAGGAGGAGGUGGAGAAGGAGAAGGAGAGGGAGAAGGAGCAGGAGUGGGAGGAGGUGGAGAAGAAGAGGGAGAGGGAGAAGGAGCAGGAGCUGGAGGAGACGAAGGCUCUGUUGAGACAGCUGGAGCAGGAGUGGGAAGAGGUGGAGAAGGAGAAGGAGAAAAGCAUGGCCAACCACGAGAGCCUGAUGGUGGAGCACAAGAGCCAGACCCAGGCGCUGCUGGCGAGUACUGAACAUGCGGCUGAGCCAGUCGUGGAGACUGAGAUGGAGAAGAUCAAGAAAGAUGGCAGGAAGAAGAAAGUGAAGAAGAGCCGUACAGGAUUCUGGAACCGCUUCCGGCGUAUUAUGUGUUGUGCCUCUGCAUCAGAGGACAAUUAAGCAUUAAACCAAUUCAUCCACCCUCUCACAGGCAAGAAGCGUGCCAUCAAACUAUUUAUUUAUUGUCUCUCCACCCAUGUUGUGUAGCCUACAUGCUAAAAUGUCCAUGUGGCUUUGUGUAUAUAGGCCAAACAAAAAGAAACUUGAAAUUAAGACUAGCCAAACACCAACGCUUCCAUUAGGAAUAACAACAUGGAGUAUGCCAUUGCCAGACAUUAUAGAGACAGAAAUCUUGGUUCUGCUUCCUUAUUGAGAUUUGUAGGGAUAGAGAGAGUUAUGCCUAAUCCAAGAGGAGGGGAUAUAAUAAAACAACUGCUAAAAAGGGAAGCAUAUUGGAUCCACACUCUAAAUACUGUUGAACCGUAUGGAUUGAAUGAGAAAAAGGAUUUGAGUGUUUUCUUGUGAAUUGAUGUGUGAAUGAUGUAACUAUGGUAUUUAUCUUGCAAUUGUGCACUUUAUACUAAGAAUUUGUACUGUCAUUUUAGAUGUUGUAGAUAGGGAACUGUGUUGUUUUAUUAAUGGUCAUUUACUGAUAUUAGGAAGCAUUAUAUUUUGACUACUGUUGUGAUACUUUAACUUAAUGAUGUGAUAUUGAAUUUUUACCCUAAUGAUAAAGUGUUGAUUGGAAUUUGCACUAUACUUUUCAUGUUGGGAUGCCCCUGCUUACUCGACAAUUGUAGGAUGCCUUGACCUGUACGGACUGAUCCUGGAAUGAACCUACUUUAUACACCUGUAUGAAUGGGGUUGGUGUAUAUGCACAGACUGGUAGCAACUAGUCAUGUGGUCAUGUGAUACCGUAUUUGUACACCUGGGUAAUGGGGGUUGGUAAAGAGCGAACCUGAAGACACAC